UGAGAGUGAUCUAUGUAUUUGCAUCGUCAUCAGCAGCAGCCAUCUGCUCUGCUGAGCCGGGACAGUGAUAGUUAAUAUCUCCGAACAACGCUUCUCUUCCUCAGUCAAACCCCAUCAAGAAAUGGAUCUGACUCUCGCCAUCCUUCCCGCUCUCGUCCCCUCCUGGACCUCUGUUGCUAUACUGGGGACAUUCUUCACUUACUUGGCGGUUGUCGGAUCCAUAUUGCCCGGGAAGGUUGUUCCCGGGGCGGUUCUGCAGGAUGGGACCCGACUCCAUUAUCGUUGCAACGGGCUUUUAUCACUUCUUUUGCUGGUCGGGCUGCUCGGUCUUGGUUCUUGGAUGAAUUUCAUCAAACCCACCAUAAUUGCAGAUAGAGGGCUUGAGCUACUGUCAGCAACAUUUAUUUUCAGCGUCCUUGUGACAUUACUCCUCUAUGCUGCUGGUCUUAAGUCGGCUAAUCAGAGUUCCUCUCUAAAGCCCCAUGUGUCGGGAAACUUUGUUCAUGACUGGUGGUUCGGGAUACAACUAAACCCAAAAUUCAUGGGAAUAGACCUCAAAUUUUUCUUUGUACGAGCUGGAAUGAUGGGGUGGCUGCUUAUCAACCUAUCAGUUUUAGGAAGAAGUAUAUUAGAAGCUAAUCUUAACCAAUCGACGAUCCUCUAUCAGCUGUUCUGUGCACUAUACAUCAUGGACUACUUCAUCUAUGAGGAGUAUAUGACCUCCACAUGGGAUAUCAUUGCAGAGAGAUUGGGGUUUAUGCUGGUCUUUGGAGAUCUUGUGUGGAUCCCUUUCACCUUUAGCAUUCAGGGCUGGUGGCUUUUGAAGAACAAGGUAGAGCUAACAACAGCUGCUAUCAUAGCAAAUUGUCUCGUAUUUCUCCUUGGGUAUGUGGUUUUUCGAGGAGCUAACAAGCAAAAGCACGUGUUCAAGAAGAACCCGAAAGCUCAUAUAUGGGGUCAGCCUCCAAAGGUUAUCGGUGGGAAGUUGCUAGCUUCUGGUUAUUGGGGGAUAGCAAGGCACUGUAAUUACCUUGGAGACCUAUUGCUGGCACUCUCCUUCAGUUUGCCUUGCGGAAUAAGUUCACCGGUGCCGUACUUCUAUCCCAUAUAUCUUCUCAUCCUACUGAUAUGGAGAGAAAGAAGAGACGAAGCUCGCUGUGCAGAGAAAUACCGGGAAAUAUGGGCCGAGUAUCGAAAAUUUGUCCCUUGGAGGAUAUUGCCUUAUGUCUAUUAGCAGCAGUUUGAAGAAUUAAUUUUAUCCGAUAAGCACUUGACCCUGUAACUUCAUCAAGAAUCGCAAGUUGCCGGAAAUGUGGCGCUUCUUGUUUGUAUGCUAGCUUUUUUUGGUCAAACUUUGUCAUAUUUUCUUUGACAGAAAAAUUAUCAUCUUUCUAUUCGCUGAUCGUUCGGCUGUUAUUCAUGUUACUUUACUUUUGAUAUCGACCUUGAGCUUAUUGGCUUAUGAAGGCAGGUAUUUGCGUU